AACAAAAUGACGGCUAGUAUGGUAAAAAGUCAAACAAAGUCGGAAAAAGUUAAGACAACUGACAAAGCCAAUAUCAAGGCACCGACGACGACAAUAACAAAGGCGGGGGAGGAUGAGAACAACUCUUGGCGCUGGUGGUGUCUUUUGGUUUUAGUAUUUACAAUUACAUUUGCCACACGUUUCUACAAGGUAACCGAACCCGAUCACAUUUGUUGGGAUGAGACGCACUUUGGCAAAAUGGGCAGUUGGUAUAUAAAUCGUACAUUCUUUUUCGAUGUACAUCCACCAUUGGGUAAGAUGCUUAUCGGUCUGUCUGGCUAUUUAACUGGCUAUAAUGGCACAUUUCCCUUUGAGAAACCUGGCGAUAAAUACAAUGAGACACGUUAUCAGGGCAUGCGAUAUUUUUGUACCACUCUGGGUGCUUUGAUAAUGCCCAUGGGCUUCGAUACUGUCUACGAUUUGACCAGAUCUCAUGAGGCUGCUUUAUUAUCGGCUGCCUAUUUGAUUUUUGAUGUUGGCAUUUUGACUUUGAAUCAAUAUAUACUUUUGGAUCCCAUUCUUCUAUUCUUUAUGAUGGGUUCGGUUUGGGGCAUGGUGAAGAUAUCAAAAACCACUGCAUCGGGCCAAUCUUAUACAUUGAGAUGGUGGCUCUGGUUGUUUAUUACGGGCACCAUGCUCUCCUGUACGAUUAGUGUGAAAUUUGUGGGUCUCUUUGUGGUUCUAUUGGUGGGUCUGCAUACAGCCACAGAGUUAUGGCUAAUUCUGGGUGAUCUACGUCAACCGAUUGUCGAGACUGUCAAACAGAUUGCCUGUCGUGCUCUCACUUUGAUUCUGUGGCCCAUUCUCCUGUACGUGAUAUUCUUCUACAUACAUCUGCAAGUGCUGAAUCGCAGUGGAAAUGGUGAUGGUUUCUACAGUUCGGCAUUUCAAUCGCGUUUAAUUGGCAAUUCGCUGUAUAAUGCCAGCAUGCCCCGAGAUGUGGCCUAUGGAGCGGUGGUUACAAUUAAAAAUCACAAAACUGGCGGCGGUUAUUUGCACUCACAUUUUCAUCUCUAUCCCAAGGGAGCUGGAGCCAGGCAGCAACAGAUUACCACCUAUACACACAAGGAUGAUAACAACAAAUGGCUCAUUAAGCCAUACAACAAACAAGAGACACCAAACGGAAAGCUCCAAUUGUUGCGUCAUGGCGAUCUAAUACGGCUCGAGCAUGCGGUUACCCGACGAAAUCUUCAUUCUCACAGCGAAUCGGCACCCAUGACCAAGAAGCAUCUUCAGGUCACCGGCUAUGGUGAGCUGGGCAUUGGCGAUGUCAACGAUGUGUGGCGUGUGGUCACGGUUGGUGGCAAAGUCAACGAUUCCAUACACACGGUUACCUCACGUUUAAUGUUUAUACAUUAUUUACAAAACUGUGCUCUAACCUCGAGUGGCAAACAAUUGCCAAAAUGGGGUUUCGAACAGCAGGAAGUGUCCUGUAAUCCAAAUAUACGCGACAAAAUGGCUCAAUGGAAUGUCGAGGAUAAUCAGCAUAAACUAUUGCCCAAUGUGAACUUUAGCAUGUAUGCUCCGGGAUUUAUAGCACGUUUCUUUGAGUCCCAUGCCGUAAUGCUGCAAGGCAACGCCGGACUAAAACCCAAAGAGGGCGAAAUAACCAGUCGACCCUGGCAAUGGCCCAUCAAUUAUAGGGGUCAAUUCUUUUCGGGCAAUAGUUAUCGCAUCUAUUUAUUGGGCAAUCCCAUUAUAUGGUGGAGUAAUCUCAUCUUCUUGGUACUCUUUAUGAUAGUCUUCCUAUGGAAUGCCAUUGUAGAGCAACGUAGAGCUGGCCAAACUUUGUUAACAUCAACAGAUCCAAGGGAUUCUUCAACAGGAUCAAAGGAAAAGUCAAGUGUCAUGUCAUUACAGGCAGCUGCUUGGCUAUUUAUUGGCUGGAUUCUGCAUUAUCUACCAUUCUGGGCAAUGGGUAGAGUUCUUUAUUUUCAUCAUUAUUUUCCUGCCUUGAUUUUCAACUCCAUGCUGACGGGUGUUAUGUUUGAUUAUAUUAUCAAAAAUCUACCCAAAUAUCUGCAACAUAUAUUAAUGGGUCUAAUGCUUUCAGUAAUUGGCUACAGUUUUCUAGUAUUCUCCCCUCUGGCCUAUGGCAUGAGUGGUCCAUUGGCCAAUGAGAAAAAUUCUACCAUGUAUGGCCUUAAAUGGCUUUCCACUUGGGAAUUUUAAUCGAAUUCUAAUCGAAAUUCGAUGCUAUUUAUUUGUGACUAGUAAUAAAUUCAUUUCAUGAUAA